GUUGACGAUCGGUCAUUCGUGUCUGUUUUCACUUUUUUGUGAAAGGUGAGUGCAGUCGAAUCUUUUGGCUUUACUGGAAAUAACUGUCCAUUUCUGCCCCAGUCUUUUUACAAAAGAAAGUGGAACAAAUUCAGUGCCAAAAGGAGUCUCUUUACAGUUUCUCUGUUUGAUGGAAAAGAAAUUAAUGGCGGGGCACACUGCGAAGUUCUGUGACCCAAGUUCGAGUGACUUGGCAGACGUUUUUAUGGAUUUUACCUUAUCCAAACCUGAGCCACAAGAACAAGGAAACGAUGCAGAUUUCAACUCAUGUAAAUUUACGCGGAAAUCUUCUAGUAGCUCCACCUCGACCGUGGCGACAGAGCCUUCAAAGCCUGGCGUGUCUGUCGACAAUGAGGAAGGUGGCCACAGUGAAGGUCAGCCGGUGGCUGCGAACAGUGGAGCGACAUCCGAAUGUGUUGUAUGUAACGAUAAAGCCACAGGUUACCACUAUGGAGUUUUUACGUGUGAGGGCUGUAAAGGGUUUUUUAAACGAACGGUACAAAAGCAGUUGGAAUACACCUGUAAAGGAGAUGGAAACUGUGAAGUAAACCAGUUGAACAGAAAUCGGUGCCAAUACUGUCGCUUUCAGAAGUGUAUGGCUCAAGGAAUGUUAAAGGAAGCUGUGAGAGAGGACCGAACUCCUGGUGGAAGACAUCGACAUCGUUCGUUGCAGGAUCAUCGCCCAAAAAAGCAACGGGGUCGAGAAGAUGCAGUAAAUGGGUCGGCAGACGGAAAUGAUUGUGUGGAAGGCGCCUUGAAGCAACAGAAAAAAGAGGAGUCAGCAGCCGGCAAAGGAGAGUACAUGGCUUUUAUAGAAAAUAUUCGAGAUCAAGCGGUAACGAUGCCUCAUAUUGAGGGACUCGUGGUUGAAAACGAAAGUACGAAGGAAAAAGAUGUCAACACUUUCAUGCAGCUGGCUUAUCAGGAGCUUAACAUGAUCAUUCAGUGGGCUAAAGAUGUUCCCGGAUUCAAGGACAUUGACUUGGAGGAUCAAGUGUGCCUCAUCAAAGCUUCUUUUAUGGAUUUGAACGUAUUUCGUUUGGCGUACAGAUCGGUGCCUUGCGACCCUAUGUCCCUACGGUUCAGCAAAGAAAUGAUUUUCGACAAGCACGAAGUGAUUGCGUUCGGUUGGACGGAAGACCUGGUUGAUACAACCCUGGAAUUUACUGACAAGCUGCGCAGUCUGAAUCUCGAUCAAAACGAGUUUGCUCUUUUAUCUGCUUUAGAUUUACUCAGCCCAGAUACGCCUGAUCUCAAAGAUAAGGAGAAAGUCACUCGCCUGCAAGAGAAAGUAAACAUCUAUUUGCGUGACUACUCCGAGGCUCUCUAUCCACAGAAAGCAAAUCGUCUCGGAAAACUGCUCCUCUGUCUUCCUACUCUUCGCAUAUAUAGCGAGAAAGCAAUGGAAAAUUACGUCACCCUGGAGUUCUUUGGUAAACUGGAUAUGCCGCCUUUGGUGGCUGAGCUAUUGGAGUAAGACUGGUA